CUCAAAUUGUGUGCAAAGACGCCAUCCUUCUCUCAGCCGAGUUUAGUUCAGUCGUUGCUCUUUACUGUGGUUGCACGCUGAUGCUCACAUAUCAUGUUUGCCGUGAAAUACUUAAGUAGUCCAUAUCAAAGUUGGAACUGCAGAAUUUACCUUCUCUAUCUCAGCUUGUCUUUGUUUCGUUCAUCUUCAUACUAGAAAACUUCUAAUAAAGCGAAGCCCGAUCAUGAGCAUCAUGACGCGGCCCGACGAAAGAGCUGCGAAGACCUCGACAUCUUCUGCUGCACUAUUAUCAAGAACUGGAGGGGCAGCUCCGGCCCAAGACAGGAGCUCUUCCUGCAACAAGGCGCGAGAAUACGAGCAGAGCGGCGCCGCGAUAUUAAGUCCCCCCUAUCCGUCCAAGUUUGUUUUCGAAGAGCUCCCCAUUCCGAGCGGUCAAGGUCUAGUCGCCGCGUCGAUCGAUUCCAUUUGUUCCCCUUCAUCGAGCAGAAUCAGCAAUAAAGCGGACCAAGAUGCACGACUUGCAGCACAUGCCGCGACAUGUGCCAAGCGGAAUUGGCAAGUGGUUUUGUUCGACGAGCCCAAACACUGCUACUCCUUUCUGUUCCGAAACUACCUGAAUGCGGAUAGAUCGGAGUUUUACUAUGCUGAAAUUUUGAAUCACGCGCCAUGGGAGGAUAUCAUGAGUAUAACAGUUUCUAGUUUCACUGCUAGUACACAAGAACUCGACUAUGCUAAUUUUUCUUUUUGUAGAGGCAAAUUUUGUCAUCGCGCACCAGGUCCAUUUGUUUCAUGGUGCGUGUGGGGUGCGGUUUUCAACAAAGGACCAUUGGCGCUGCCCCCGUGGCAGGAGGAGAGCGGAACUUCAAUAGUGCAACAUGAUUAUCAUUACUAUACGAAUUAUGAUUAUCCCAGGUGGCCGGGACCAGAAAAAGCUUUCCCGCAAGACCGCCUGGUGGGUAACGGACCCGAAUUGCACCUGCGCGUACACCUACGGGACGGCGACGCGGGUGGAGUCAAAGAAGGAGGACAAAAAGCAAAAAUUUGCCGGUCUGAUGCGACAGCUGUGGCGGGAGCUGAAGUUUGACCAGAUGACGGUCGUGCCGAAUUCGGUGAAUCUGAACCUGUACGAGGACGGGUCGCAGGGCGUGGGCUGGCACGCCGACAACGAGAGUCUGUUUGACGGCACGAACCAAGACGCCCGGAUUCUCUCGCUCUCCCUGGGAGGCAGUCGGGAGUUUUGGCUGGCGGAUUUGGAGGGCGUUGAGGACGAAGAUUACUUCUCGAAAGUGGACCGGAAUUCCAUCGUGGAGACAACACUGCAUCAGGGCGACCUGAUCACGAUGGAGGGCAUGAUGCAGAAGUACACCCAACACUACGUGCCCUACGCGCACCACAGGAGGCGGGAAACCAAGCCGCGGAUUAACCUGACCUUCCGUGACCUCGUUGUCCACAAGAAAAGCUGUGCGCUCAGCAAAGUAUCAGCUGGUAGCACAGGAGCUAUUCCUACGAAGGACGUCGCAAGCCGAAAGGCGGACAUUUUUGGCGAGAAGGUGCUAGAAGUCGGGGCAAUGAAUAGUAGACCCUCAAGAACAUCAUUUUUGGGACCGUAUCGCUACCAGUGGUACGAGGAGCCACGGUAUCACGAUGUUGUUGAAAAGAAGAACGCCACAAAAAUUAUCACGACCCGUUGGACAGCCUGCACUCUUUGCAGCGACAAUCCACAUUUGAAGGGCAGAAGGUGUCUUCCCGUGGUGUCGACCAGGCAGCGACGGGAUAAUUAUGGCAGCGCCUCUUCGUCCCAUUCGUCCCGCAGCGGUGCCGUCGGCCAACGAGCAGGGACGACGGUGGACUACCUCUGCCGCAACUGCUGUGAGCAAAGAUUUCCGAAAAGUGGGAUAGCCUCAAGAGGUUGUCACGGUGAUAAUGAAUCAGCGACCACUUCUCGUUCUUUUACAUCGGCCACGAAUAGACCACAAGUUGCGGGCGGUCUUUCGCAAAGCGACAAUACGAAGACCCCCAAUAACCAUGCUCCGGACGAAGAGAGUUCUACAGACAACCCAAGCCGCACCGCCGCGUCGAUGCUUUCUCUCGGUGAAUUUCUCAACUUACAGGCCGGGGGAAGUAGCAGCAGCUCUUCAUGCUCUCGUAGCAGUUCUACGUCCAGUCCGCGCCCCUUCUGCCUUACGACGUCAUCGUCCAAGAGAGAAGUGGUUCACACCUACGACCCGAAUAGCAGGUCGCCGCCACGAAGGCUGAAGCCAGCGCAUUUGAGGCGAAGGGAUAAAAAGCGGGACAAUUUUUGUGCUGGCGGUGACGCUGCACAAUCUACGUCAGCGGGCGGGAACAGAGAGAAGGAGGACAAGAACAACUCGUGGAAGGACGAUUGGUAAGCACUAGUUUUCUCAUCUACCACUGUACGUUCAGUAUUGUUCAUUGUGCCGUCCUGAUUUGAUGAUUCUCUUACUCGGGCUCGGGCUUGCCUCAGAAUUUUGCUGUCUUGCAAUCGAGCACGCACACCACAGUACGGCAGGACUAGCCUAAUGAACUUCAGGAGAAUUGUGUGCUUGAACACAUAUGAACCGACUUCCUAUCUUGUACUUGUUGAAGAUCACGCACGGUAUACCACAACGAUGUCAACGUCACGUCCUAUAACAGGUCGUCCCAGAAGUGGCAAUAUGAUCGCGGUACAACCGGUAGCACCAAAAACGACGGCAAGCGGUGGUACAAGGAUCGACAGACUGGGGAGUGGAAGCAGUAUGUUGACAGCAGCUACUCUGAGGUGGAUCAAGAUCAACCUUGGAGCGAGGACAAGAAGUCGCUUUUGAGGGAAACCAGCGACAAGACAAGGACCGUCGUCGAGCAGAUGAAGCGACUGCCUACAGAAGUGGUCGACGGAAAGAGCAAGACCGGAGGAGCGUUAUCCCCUGAUGCUGCACGACUAGGAGCUCAGCUUCCGGUUGUUUCGAGUGAGAGAGAACACCGGGGGUCAUCUCCACCUCCUCCUGCAGAUGACAAUAAAAGCAAGAUCCUCCCGGCCCAGAAAAUGAAUGCGAAUCCGUCUCCGACUUACAACACAACCCUGCUGGACGAAGUGGAUGACCUCCUGGUCGCUAGGGCCGCAGCGAAAGCUGCACGCCUCGUCGAAGAGGCCCACCGGGUCGACGUUACAGCUGUUGGUAAAGACGGCACAGACGAUGCUGAGCACGGGACGACGGAGGUUCUUGUUGUACAAAAUAAAGGAACGGCGCCAAUAGAAGCAGAGGAGAAGAGAACUACAUGCCAAACAAGGCAAUAUCCUCAAACAGCAGGUCGGGCGGCCCAAGCGGGCGAUGACUGCAGCAGCGACAGGAGACCUGUCGACCACAGCAAUAAACCGGACGACGAAAGUGCUGUGUUGCCGUCCGAGCACGACAAGAACUACACGAAAGCGCGACGAGCAGGACCAGAUGACGACGAGGCAGGAGACAACGGCCGCAAGGGCGGUUGGUGGAGCACGAAGAAGUAUGAGGACGACGAAAAAUAUCACGCGGACGCAUCCUCUCGGACGUGCAAAGCAACCUCAAAGACGAGCAACGACAUCAGAACGUCGAAAACCCACGACAACUGCGACGCGGAUCAUACAACCUGUGUGGAGAAGGAUGUUGUUGAUGGAGGUGUUGAUGGAGACUUCGACACGCAGAAAACAGAUGAAAAGCAGAAGAAAACUUCUUCAAAGACUUCUUGGUGGCAGUGGAGUGGGUACAACAACGAUGAUGCCAAAAACAAAGCCUCCCCCAACAAGUGGACGUCUUCUACAACUUCGUGGAAAAACUACAGGAACGAAGAAAGUUUUUACGGCUCCGAUAAGCGUGAUGACACUGACAGGUCGCGCCAUAACUACAAAGACCAUCACGAAGACGAAAGAGCGUGCUAUAGCUACGAAGCAGCGAACGUGGGCGAAGAAAGACAAAGAACCACCACAUCGGGGAAAAAAGAAGAAUCAGAGCGGCAAGCAGACCAUAAAAGCAAAUCGUGGUCUUCAUCUGCAGUGUGGAGAGAUCAUGACAAAGCCCGGGACGAAGAUGAUCCAACUAAGAAAUCCUGGUGGCGUGUUGAUUCCAAAUCCAAGUAUUGGUGGUGGAGCGCGAGCGACGACGGCUUCGACGAGGGUGGCAAGCAGUACGAAGAAUGGCAACACAAAAAAGACCAGUACGACAAAAAGUGGAAGCAUGACCAGGGCUACGAGUGCGAUUCAGACUCUUGGGCGGGAACAGACCAAGGUCAGGGGGGAGACGGAAUGUUGGAAGAGCACCGGUCCCGACACGAUAAUUCGUCAUCGAAAAAUACUUCGCGGAACAAGUCCGCGCAAACUAAGAGCUACCAUAAUGAUCAUGCAUCGGCGAGUCAGAAGGAUGGAGAAAAAGACAACUGGAAAAACUAUAGCUGCAACUCGUCUGCGGACGACCUCCGCCAGUCGUGGCACAAGAAGUGGAAAGGUAACAACUACAGCGGCACCUGGAGUAGCGAGCGAUCGACCCACGAAGAAGCAACCACAAGCGCUUACUCGAAAAAAGACGAGACAAAUAGCAGCGCUGGUCGUGAGUAUGAAAGCAAAAACACCUACAAGAGCUACAAGCAAGACGAAGAAGGUCACUUCUGGAAUAAAAACUGGAAGAAUUAUAGGAAGGAUGGCGAGGGGGGCAAGAGCUGGCACCACGAGAAGCAAACAAGUAGAACGGAUCACGAACACGAUUACAAGGGCCGGAGUGCGGAGCAAGGAAACCAGCGCGCUAGCAAGGAGCCACACAGGCCGGCCGAACAAGGAGGUGGAGCCGUCGAAAGCGAGGUAGUAAAGCGAAAUGACAAGCCGGAGCAAGUGCAAAAAGUGCACCGGCACCAGGUCGGCACUUUUCUGAUCGAGGAACCUGCUACGCCGGAGAAGGAGGGAAGCGGAAGGAGCGCUGGAUCGCUUUAUUCCCAAGAACCGAAGUUUUCCCUGGCGAUGGUGGGGACUGCGGAUGCAAGUUCUUGUGCUUCGGACAAGAUGAAUCUGCUCACGACGGCCCCGUCCACCAAAACAACUAGUUCAUCUUCAAACGCGGCUGUUGUGAAACCACCAAACCCUGUUGUACAGCUGGGCGGCACCCUCGUUCUGGAAGUAGACGAUGACGAUGUUGACUCUACUCGACACGAACACUUUUCUGGCGCGGACGCCGAUGACGACCGAACGCCCUUGCGGAAUCAGAACAGGAAAAACAAGAUCAAGGCUUCAGCACCCGUUGUCGACUGGACCGCGGCCUGGCAGAAAACCACGGGAGGUUGUGGUGGAAAAGCCCUUGCAAAAACCGCGGGAAGCAGGAGCAAGGCAGAUCAUGUGCAAGGAUAAGGAGACCAGUUGCGUUCCUCGCAUUUUUCGAAGAACAAGAAUCGGGGCUACUGGUGGUCGAUGAAGAAUUGAGCACCAGCAGGACAGUGUGUUGUUCCAAGCCUCGUAGUAUAUGAUUUCGAUUCAAAGAACACUCCACGUGCAGCCGUCUCGAAGAUAAAGUAACUUCACACUCAUUUCACAACGAGCAUGGCGAAAAACCUAUUCUGGAUUAUUGAACAGAUCGGACAAUAACAAGCCCCAUGCUGCAUGGUUGCUGCGCAAUUCGUGACUCGCGAUCCUAAUCUUCUGCUCUGAUCGGUGUUCAUUUGGCUGACAAAAAA